CAUGAGCCUGUUGGCCGCCUGUCAGCGCCUCAAAGCGGAGGAGGGAGGACGAGCGAGCGGUACGCCAGUGUGGACGAAGUCCGGAUGGUUAAAUCGAACCUACAAACGAUUUUGAAUAGUCACUGCUUUGCUAGAGAAAAAGAAAGACAUUUAUCCGAGAUGCCAGUCAUCGAACAGACCAGUAAUAAACCGGAAAGUGAAAGUAUCUCCAAUCCCAGGAGGUGCUCCCGCUGUUGCAGUAACCCGUGUCCGGGGCCUCUGUGGUGCUCCGAUGCCCCUCACCCACCCCUGAAGAUCCCAGGUGGGCGAGGGAAUGACCAGCGGGAUCGCAAUCUUUCAGCUAAGCUAUUCUAUUCUGAUGCUCAGUUGCUGGUUCUGGAGGAACCGGCUCCCGCCAACAGCAGAGUGCGUUUCCUGCUCUUCGAACCGCGCUUUUCAGAAGGCAAGACGUGUGUUUGGAGGGCAGCACUUAAAGCGGGCAACCUCUACAUAGAAAUCCCGCCAGGAGCGUUGCCAGAGGGAAGCAAAGACAGUUUUGCUCUGGUGCUGGAGUUUGCCGAGGAGCAGCUGCAGGGUGAGCACGUUUUCAUCUGCUUCCACAAGAGCCGUGACGAUCGAGCAUCCCUGCUACGCACAUUCAGUUUCCUGGGCUUUGAGAUUGUUAGACCGGGUCAUCCCCUCGUCCCCUCCCGCCCCGACGCUUUCUUCAUGGCUUACAGCAUCGAGCGAGACUCUUCCGACGACGACUGAAACGAGCGCUCGCGUACCUUUCUUUCUCAUCCACUUCAAUGUAUUGUAAUCAAACAGGGCAUAUAGGUCUCCUUUAGUCACUCGUGUAACAACGUUUUACUUCCUUUGAUGUCUAGUGAUGACUUCCUGUCCCCCCCCCCCCCCCCCCAUCAUCGUCAUCAUCAUCAUCCGCACAGGCUGAUAUUUAUGAUUAAAUUUGAAUUCGUCGUACUCCUCCAGGUAGAUUUGUUUUCAUAGUAAUUGUGAGUUGAUUCUCCUGUUCAUAUUGAUUUGUGUUUUCUAUGUGUGCAUGAUUUUCAUUUGAUGCUCUGAUUCACUUGAUAGAAAUCUGCAUGUUGAAACUGAACCAAUUAAAAGUGCUCACCUCAUA